AUGAGCAAACUUUUCCACUUAACUUUCAAUGAAGCGGAUAUGAAGAUGCUGGAGGAUGGGCUGACCGCCCUGGCCUUUAUGGGCGAGUCACAUGACCUGCAAAAGCUUCAGGCCAAGUAUCGUUCUUUCUCGCACGCGGGAUCAGACGACUGCGGAAAGGCAAAACUCACCGUCGGGCCCCCGCUAGACCUUACCUCAGAUGCAACCCUUCGAGCAGAGAUAGAUGAGGAUGGCAUGAAGAACAAGCCGAAUGGGUUUACCUUCGAAACCUUGAAGAGCAUGCUCUCGCUUAUCAAGAAGACGACGGGGAGAGAGGCAUCAUGCCGUAUUGUGGUUGAUACAAUAGUCCUAUACGUCGUCUCCAAUCUCGAUACGGAGCCAGGGCAAGCCGUCACAAUUGUCCCUGAAGAGCAAGUUCCGUCGACUGCUUUUGAUCUAACUAGGAUGGCCUUUGGGGGCUACCUAGAUUACCUCAUUUUACGAGGUCCACGAACUCUCAUCCAUGAACACCCAAAAUAUAAAUUGAAAGACUCGGAAAACAAAUUGCAUCACGCACCUGGCUUCACUGCGUCUAUAAUAGAAACAAAGAGAAGUUUGGCAUUGCAGAAACGCGCAAUGUCUCAAACCGUUGCAGAGCUUGCAACGUAUUGCCUUGCCAAAAGAAACACUAAGAUUUGCACAAGGAUCCCAAAUAUUAAAGGGUUUCUGACAGACGGUCGGCGCUGGAAAUUUUUAGCUUUCCGGCAAAAUGAAAAGACACUUGAGGACGACGGGAGUGGACAGGUUUCAUCGACCGAGGAUUUCUUUGACAUUGGCGACCGCCUCGAAAACCUCGCCUUUGUUGUCGGAUUGAUUCGGCGCUGGAUUGAGGACCCCUGCCGCAAUUGUGUCGGUGCACUGUUGGUGAUGUACUUAAAGGGUAGGGAAGGAGAUUGUGUUAUGCGACUCUCGGAAACCAAAAAGGUUGCGCACUUUGGAAGACAAAACAAGACUGAGGAUGCAAACCGAAAAUCACAAAACUCUUCAGAGGCCGACUCGUACCUCAUAACAUCGAGAACUCGGAAGAUUGGGUUAUACUACCUCCUUGAGGUAUCAUGCCUUACUGGAUCCAUGUUUUUGUUCUUUGUUAUUUGCUUUGCUGACAACUACUCGGGAUAUCUUGGACCUGGACAUGUGCUCUGCGUCUUUGCGUCUGAUGAAAACCGCGGUGGAGGCUACCAUCAGCGACAAAGCUUAGGAUUCGCUACAGACAUAGAGUUGGACGUGGGAGGCUAUGAUACCGACCUGGAACUGUUCCAGCCUGGUGCCAGCCACCAUGUGAACUUUGGCUUUUCUUUGCCUCAAGGCCUACGGACCCAUCCCGCAUCUCGAAUGAUGGUCUCAUAUCUUCCUGAGUUCCCUUGCCCACCAACGUCCACAUCACAUCACUCCCUAGUCAGAGUCGUGUCAUCUACACUCAAGAAGACAGCUGACAACAUUCUUGACGGCCGUCUCUCUCAUUCAUUCAUCUUUCCAACGGUGCUAGGAUUUACUUCUCUCCCAAAGUCUCAUGAAAAUCUGAGCUUCGUGUGCGUUUCAACCUCGUUCCUCAACGGUCCUCUGAUCAUUACUCAAUGGAUAGUUAUGAAGUUGAGCCGCUUCUCGAAUAUUUCCCAAACCAAGUCUAUCUUCCCAAUGGGACCCUGGAAGAAAUAG